GCACAUACCGAUAUUAAUCGGCUAACAAGGAUUCUCUCACGAAUUGUUGUGGGAUCACGCCUAUAGGUAGUGGGACUUAGGAAUCAAGCUGGUUCUUUUUGCAAAUUGUGCUACACAGUCCACCAGUACGAACAACGGUGGAAUCCAAUGUCUACAAAAUUUGUAAAUUGAGCGGACUGUGAAAAACAAGCUCAUCACAACAAUUGGCAGUUAGGUUGUAAUUUUUGAGACAUCUUUCUACGUUACACCUGCAACGGGGGUACCUUUUAUAGGAGCAACAUUGUACAAGACAUCAUCAUAUAGAUCUGACUUUCAGGAUGACUGUCGCUGUAGCGGAUGAUGUAACGCCUGAUAUGUUGGCUGCUCGUGAGCGGCUACGUGCUCGUAUGGGUGUAUCUGGUACCCAAACUGGUGGCAAAGGCACUGCCAGAAGGAAGAUGAAAAAGACCAGUAAGCUGGUUGGUGAUGACAAGCGUUUACAAUUUGGACUACGAUCAAUAGGCGCUGCUAACAUUCCGGGCAUCGAAGAGGUUCAGAUGAUAAAGAAUGACGGUCACGUACUGAUCUUUAGCAACCCCAAGGUACAGGCAGCACCAAAUGCUAACACAUACGUUAUUUCUGGCGUCGAAGAAGAGCGCGAAAUAUCGUUGCCUGACAUACUUCAGCAACUUUCUGCUGCCGGCAUUAAUCUUCCUCAAGCUGGAAACCACGCCGACCAGGAAGGAGACAUUCCGCAACUAGUCGAGGGAUUCGAUAGUGUAGCCCAAAAAGGUGAGGAAGAGGCCAAAAUUGUCGAGGCCGACUGACAAUGUCGAUGUAAUGGUUUUCG